GGUUGUGACUCUUUCCUAAAGUCUUUUCUCCGGACUGUCACGUCGACGUUGUCUGGUCAAGAUUUUAAUAGAAUUUUCGUGGUAAAAACGGCUCUUCCUCAAGUGGAGUGGUUGCAAAAAGUGCGCUAUGAGUGAGAUAAUUUCUUCAAGCACCGAGUACGCGGCUUUUGAGAAGCCGGUGCUCCAAUAUAACGAGACUGGAUGGGGACCAUGCGAGCUGCCCGAGACUUUCAAGGAUAUGCCGUACCAACCUUUCAGCAAGAGCGACCGUCUAGGGAAGAUCUGUGAUUGGACGCUGCCCCAAACGAAUGAUAAGAAGUAUCAGAACAAAUACGCUUCGGCCUUUGGUACCGGAAGCACGUACGCAUAUUACCAUGAUGAGGAUGAAACUACUUUCCACUUGGUUGACACCACUCGAGUUCAAAAGCCUCCUUACCAACGUGGUCGAUUCCGUGGCAACAUGCGAAACAUGCGGGGCCGUGGUAUUCGCGGAGGAAUUCAAGGAGGCAUGCAAUCGUUGGGCAAAAGUGUUAAAGCUCGUGAUCAACGUCGCGGUAACAUGCGCAAGUGGGGCAAUCGCGGGCCACCACCGAAAAUCCGUGAUGCUUCCGUUGCCGUACGCGCCGAUUGGUCAACUGUUGAAGAAAUGGACUUCCCACGAUUGAUGAAGUUGUCUCUGCCUAACGUUAAGGAAGGUGAAGACGUUUACACCGCUGGAACUGUAGAAUUCUAUGAUAAGAGCUACGAUCGUGUUAAUGUUAAAAAUGAACGAGCAUUGCAAAAGGUCGACAGAAUCUUCCAUACCGUUACAACAACUGACGACCCCAUCAUUCGUCGUCUGUCGAAGACUGUUGGCAAUGUAUUUGCCACUGACGCCAUCUUAGCUACGAUUAUGUGUUGCACACGUUCAAACUAUUCAUGGGAUAUUGUCAUUGAGAAGAUUGGAGAUAAAUUGUUUAUGGAUAAACGUGAUAAUACGGAAUUUGAUUUGCUCACCGUGAAUGAGACGUCCAUUGAGCCACCGCAAGAUGAUGGAAACUCAUUGAAUUCGCCACGUAAUUUGGCAAUUGAGGCGACGUUUAUUAAUCAUAACUUCAGUCAACAGGUCCUCAAAAGUGGUGAAAAGGAGACUAAAUAUAAAUUUGAAAACACAAAUCCAUUCAUCGGGGAUGAUGAGGAAGGUGAAGUAGCAAGUGUCGCCUAUCGUUAUCGCAAGUGGGACUUGGACAAUGGAAUCGUGCUUGUCGCUCGUUGCGAGCACGAUGCCGUCAUGCAAACUCCCAAUGGGGAAACACAAUUUCUUACAAUCAAAGCUCUCAACGAAUGGGAUUCGAAAUUGGCAAACGGAGUCGAAUGGCGUCAAAAGUUGGAUACACAGCGAGGUGCAGUUUUAGCCAACGAACUACGCAACAACGCUUGCAAAUUGGCCAAGUGGACAGUACAAGCUAUUCUGGCAGGAUCUGAUCAAAUUAAAUUCGGUUAUGUUUCUCGUGCUCACGUUCGAGAUUCUUCUCGUCAUGUUAUCCUUGGAACGCAACAGUUCAAACCACAUGAAUUUGCCACUCAAAUUAAUUUGAGCAUGGACAAUGCUUGGGGUAUCUUGCGAUGCAUCGUUGAUAUUUGCAUGAAGCAGAAAGACGGAAAAUACUUAAUUAUGAAGGAUCCAAACAAGCCUAUGAUCAGAUUGUAUGAUAUUCCUGAUAAUACAUUCGAAACAGACGGUUCGGAAGAUUCGGGAGAUGAGGGCGAGGCCUUCCGAUUGGAAUAUAAUAUAUAAUUUUCUUACAUCAAAUUUUACAAAUAACCAUCAGUUUACUAUGAAGAUAAUAGAAAUGCCUUUUUUUAAAUAAACAUUAUAGUAAGGCAGAAAA